UCCCCGCUGCGGCCGCCGGCUGUUGCUAGGGUGUGUCUCCUUGGCCUCUAACAGCACCGUGCUGAGGGAUGGGGGUACCGUCGGUGCUUCUUUGGGAACAGCGUCCUGCGGGAAGGCCCGCGACCUCACUGGACCUUUCCGUGGCUGUCUAGAUUCCAAGGAAAAUGAGAUGGAAGACGAAAAGCUGCAACAAUUUAAACUUUCAAUAACUUUUCAAUUCUCACUUAAACCAAGAAUUAUGAAAAACAGCAUUUAUUCGUUAAAAUGCAAACGCACCCACAACUUCUUCGAAGACCCUUACCUCCAAAAUUCUUUAAGCUGUCUUUAUGUAAGAAGAAAAUCCAUACGGCCAAAACUGGUGAAACUAAGUCACCACAUGUAGUAUUCAUUCAAGAUGAAACCAUUUCAAUUAAAAGAGAUGAAACUAGUUUUCCUGAUGUUGUUUCAAGAAGUAAAUCACCAAUACCCAUCAAAAUCCAAAAUUUAUGUUUUGAUUAUCAUGUACGAAAAAGAGCCAGGAAAGUGGCUACAAUUUCAACACGCCCAGCACCUACUAAGAGUGUCCACUGGCACAUUCCAGAUACUGCUACUGGUUCCAUAUUUUUCCCAAGCUCUUAUUCAGCUUCCACUCGAGUUUUUGGGAAAGGAACAGACCAAAUAAAAAAAUCAAGGAAGUCAAAAAGGAUGUUAAAAGAUGUUUAUGCUAGCAAAGCACUAGAAGGCCUUUUAAUUCUUUCUUCAGUGUUCUCCAAGCCUCUAAUUACUUGCGAACUCAUCCCUGGCAAACUCAAGAAACCAUACCCCAGGUAUCAACCUUUGUCAAGGAGCCCAAGCUCUACUUAUCAGCACAUCUUGACAGAUGUCAGUGAGGCAGCGCCAAGCCCUCUACCUAGUACUACAACUAGUAAACCAGAAAGACAGUGGCUCAAGGUUUUACCACAAAGCUCUUCAGUGAAACUAAGUGUUACUCAAUAUCCAGUUGAUAUUUACCUACCAGCACCAGCUUCACCAAGAAGACCUCACAGACAGUCUAUGAUAGAAACUCUUGCAACAGACAAUGAAUAUAUAGAGACUGUCUCAAGGGAAGUCUCUCGAAAACCAACUGAAGUUUACGACAAAACUAGACUAAUAGAAUCAGAUAGAAAUAUUAUACGUGGUGAAGGUUUCAAGACUAUUACAGCAACUCGAUAUGAAACAAUAACAGCCAUGACCAAAUUGGCUAUAGUAAACUGUCACGUACAUGGAAGAAAUGCACUUAAUCUUAAGGGCUAUUUUCUCCUGAAUUGUCCAGACUUAACAUGUUUGGCUUUCCAAUUGGUAUAUCUUAAUUUAUCAUUUAAUGAUCUUUGUUACUUUCCCACAGAAGUAUUUUGUCUUAAAAAUUUACAAGUACUGAAACUGAGAAAUAAUCCUAUCAAAGAAAUUCCUUCUGAAAUUCAAAAACUGAAGUACCUUAGAAUUUUUAGCAUAGCUUUUAAUUGGAUUACUGUCCUUCCACCUGGGUUAUUUCGCUUGUAUUAUCUUGAAGAGCUUGAUAUUUCCUACAAUGAAAUUAGGUUUAUUCCAAAUGAAAUCCAGAAACUCAGGUCACUUGAAAAACUGAAUAUCGAUGGGAUUGAAUUGUCUUUUCUCCCAAGUGGAAUUCUGAAGCUUAACCUGAUAAAAAUUCACAUUGAGAAUAAUUUCAUUCUUCCUUGCUUUUGGAAAGAAAAUUCUUUGAAUAAUCCACAACGACUUACUCAAAUUAUUGCUUUCUUCAUUGUCAAAAAUAAUCUACAGCGACUUUAUGAUGAUAUUCCAGUAAAAAUUCAAAAGUUACUACAAUGCACAUCUAGGUGUGACUGGUGCCAUGGUCCAAAGUUUGGCAACGGUUUUCGUGUCAUCCGACCCUAUGAUAUUUUUGGAGCAUUACAGCUUCCUGUUAUGUUUUAUGUCUGUUCUUCUCAUUGCUAUAGAAAAGUAAAGGAAGGCGGUUUUAUUUCAAGGAGCAUUCCUGACAAAAAAAUAGCUAUAAAUUUGGAGACAGUAAAUGAAUGAUAGUACAAUGAUUUACCAUUUCCACUGUAAAAGCCAAUAAAAUUUAUAUAUAUAGUAA